GCAAAGGCUUCCGCAACCUGGAUAAGAGCUACAGCAAUGAUGCCAGUACAAAUGCACUGAUCAAAGAAGCAAGGAUCUCGGUGUGGGAUCGAGGCGGAAGACGAUGUUUCUCGUCGGUAUCGUCCUCAGCACGAAGUAUUGAGGUCGUUUAAUGGACAAAAGGAGGUUUCAGGGAUGAAAGCUGGGAAAGGGUAUUGCCUUAUUGUGCUCUCACGGACUGCAUAAAUCCUUUCUCCUCCUCUCUUCGCUUCCGUGCAUCGUUUCUUUGACCUCCUGUUCUCGAGGGAUGGAAACAGGACAAGGAAAUGAAGUGGGGAGUGGUAGUGGGAGCAAAGCAAGGUUUAGGAGCAUAUGUGUCUUCUGUGGAAGUAGGUCAGGAAACAGGCCUUCGUUCAGUGAAGCAGCUCUCGAUCUCGGAAAGCAACUGGUGGAGAGGAACAUCAACCUCGUUUAUGGUGGUGGAAGCGUCGGCCUGAUGGGUUUGAUAUCCAAGACGGUCUACGAUGGCGGCUGCCAUGUUCUCGGAAUCAUUCCCACAGAUCUCUUGCCAAACGAGAUAUCAGGGGAAACGAUAGGAGACGUGAUAAAGGUUGCAGAUAUGCACGACAGGAAGUCAGAAAUGGCCAAACAUGCCGAUGCCUUCAUAGCUCUCCCAGGUGGGUAUGGGACAAUGGAGGAGCUGUUGGAGAUGAUAGCUUACUCUCAGCUCGGCAUUCACCACAAACCAGUGGGUUUGCUGAACGUGGACGGGUACUACGACAGCUUGCUCCAUCUCUUCGACACAGGGGUACAUCAAGGCUUCAUCGAGGACUCCGCAAGGCACAUUGUUGUCUCAGCAGAAACUGCAGCGGAGCUCCUGAGGAAGAUGGAGCACUGCUGAUUCGCAUGGGAGAAAGCAAGGAACGAAUUGUUGUUGCUGUCUUGGCUGUCACUUGCAAGAGUCUGUGCCACUCCAUGACAGGGUUGUGCCAGGCACAGAUGGUAAGUGGACCAGCAAAUAGAUCUCACCACCAUAUCAUGUAGUACUGCAUGUCUACUAUUUACAGAUUAAGGUUCUUCUUUCCAUGUAUAUGUACAUAUGUAUCUGUUUGAGAGUCUAUUUGUACAUGUUUGCUUUGGUACUUUUGAUUCUAUCCCAUGGGACAAGUCAAAGUACCAAAUCUGGUG